AUGAACGGCCUUGUCUUCAAUCGCAGCCUCACCCCUAAAGCAGUGAUCCCCAUCAUCUGCGAGGUCCUCGACAACAGCCUCAUCCCCAGCGUUCUCGUCGGCGAUGCGAUGCUGGGGAUCAUGGGCGCGCCCAUCUUCCCACGAAGUCUACAAUUCGUCGUCCCAGACGAGCACCUUGACGCAGCGAUCAAAGUGCUCGAAUCAGCCGGUUUUCCACGAUGCAACGACAUCAACGGGUGUCGACGCUACUCGACGCAUUUCCCGCUCGCCCCGGCACACUUCCAUCUCUGGGACGACGAAGAGGCUGGCACGACCGACCCGGGGAAACUUUGCAUCUUCCCUAAGUCCGAAAUGCUGUGGUCCUUCCCUCCAUUUCCGUUCUACGUGUCUGACACCGACGACCCGUAUUUCAUGACGAUCACGGACGAAAGACUCCCUGAUCAGCCGGACGAAGAGGACCUGUUCGGUCGAUAUCCCUCUGAUACGUACCCGGUGAGGAUUCCCGUGCCGAUCAAGGCCUGCGAAGCGGGGAUGUUACUCUACUGUCGGGAUCAGGAGCUCAAGCUGAACAAUGCAGCCUGGGAGGUCUGGCUGACCAUGCUAGGCAAGUAUGUGUCAAUCACAGAUUUGUAUAAGAUCGGUCGGACGAUCGAUAAGGACGGCAACGAGGAAUGCCCGUACGCUGGGUACUGGAAUGAAGUGAGGGGUUCUCAAAACCGGUACUGGCCGAAGUAUUUGUGGAAGCUUCGUGUUAAGGUCUUGCGCCGUCUGGGGCUUCCUAUUCUACCGGAGUUACAGUGGCGCGGACUUCCUGGGGAGGAGAAGGAGGAAGAGGAGGCCGAUGCACCUCUCAGCCCCUUGAGGAAGUUUCAUUCAAUUAAGCGGUACGUUAUGUGA